AUGCUUGAUCUGAGCUCGCACAGCGAAAUUUACGGCCACAUUGAGCCAUACUAUGCAACUGAUAACGAUGAUCCUGAAGACGACGAUGACGAUGACGAUGACGAAGACGAAGACGACGAUGGUGGUGGAGAUCCUCAUCACCACCGCAGCCAUCUUCGCAACGAUGGCGCCGAUGAUGACGAUGGCGACGAUGAGAAUGAGGACGAAGACGAUCCCAACGCGAGCUUUCUCAUCGGCGCCAUCAUGGUGAUGUCGCCGAUGUUUCGUUAG